AAAUUAAAAUCCCUUCGAAGACAAUACCAUCAUUAUCAUGACAAUGGACGACAAAGUUGGAUGUAUUUCGACGUCUGCGAUACUAUUUGGGGGAAUAACCGCUCAACAAGUUCCGUUGGUGUGGAGAGCAGCGUGACCGACCCUGACCCAGACCGGACUGAGCUAGAAAACAAAAAAACACCGACAUGUCGGACAAAUAACGUUACGAAUGAGAACUGGAGCGACUAUGAAACGACAGAGCUGUUGUCUGCUCGUGCCAAAGAUGACAUUCAUUGUCAGAUAUCUGGUACUCGUAGCGAUGCUAUGGUUUACUACAGGAUUGUAGACAUUCUCCGCGUAAAAGGCAUCCACAGAAGCAAACCACAGGUCCUCAGCAAACUCAAAUCACUUCGAAAACACUACAGAAAUUUGCGAGAAAGUGGCAAUGGGCAACAUUGGAUGUUUUUCGACAUCUGCCAAACUAUUUGGGGAGAUUGCAGCUCAGAAAGUCCCGCAGGUGAGGAGAGUUUGGAGGCCGAAAUUGACGUAACUUUAGAAGGAACGGUAGAACCAGAGAGCAAAACCACUGAACACAGGGCAGAUCUGAUGGCAAAUUGGACCCACCACGAAGUAAAAGAGCUGUUAUCUAACGUUACUCGUGCCGAAGACGAAGUUGACAGUCGGAUGACCGGUCACGCUCACGACACUGUGGUUUACGACAGGAUUACAGACAUUCUUCACGAAAAGGGCAUCCACAGAAGCAAAUCGCAGAUCAUCAAAAAACUAAAAACACUUCGAAAACAAUACUACAAUUGCCGAGAAAGUGACAAUGGGCGAAGUUGGAUAUAUUUUGACAGCUGCCAAACUAUUUGGAAAGAUCGCCGCUCACCAAGUCCUAACAUUACUGCCGUGGAGAACAUGUUGGAGCCCGCAGAUGUUGAAGGAACGACAUAUUCAGAUAACAACCACUCAAGGUGGACCAGCUACGAAAUCUUAGAACUUUUGUCUACUCGUCUGCUAGAGGAAAUUGAUAGCCAGAUGAGUGGUACUGCACGUGAUGCUGUGGUUUUUGAUUGGAUUUCAGACACUCUCCAUAAGAAAGGCAUCCACAAAAGCAGAGGGCAGAUCAUCACCAAACUAAAAUAUCUUAAAAAACAAUACCUUGCUUGCCGGAAAAGUGAUGGUGAACAAAGUUGGAUGUAUUUUGACACAUGCCAAAGGAUUUGGGGGAAAAGCCACUCAACAAGUCCUACCGUUGUGGAUGGCACACUGGAGGCUGACUUUGACUUUGAAGGAAAGGACGAUUUAAAAGGCAAAAAAAGACGAAAACAUGAGACAGAAAUUGCCUCAAAUUGGAGCCACAGUGAAACAAGUCAACUGUUGUCUGUUUGCGCAGAAGAAGAAUUCGAUGGUCAAAUGUCUGGUAGUGCUACAGAUGCUUUGUUGUAUGAGAGGAUUUCAGACAUUCUUCACGAAAGAGGUGUUCAUAAAAGCAAAUCACAGGUGAUUGACAGACUGAAAGCACUGAAAUCAAAAUACUUGAAGAUUAACGACCACUAUCAGAGAACCGGCAAUGAGCAUCACUGGUUAUAUUUCGACAUCUGUCAAUCUAUUUGGGGGAAUGGACACACAGCAAAUUCCAAACCAAUACUAAGUCUGGACUCAGAGGAAGCCACAAGCGAUUCAAUGGACAGCGAUGGUAGUGGAAGUAGAUUUCAAUUUGCUCCCUACUUGUUAUCAGGCGCCCUCAGGAAGCAGUUCACCGUUCCCAUGCUCGACCUGGAGUGUUUGCUGUCCGCUAAGGUGAAACUCCGCCAGGAGGGCCUGCUGGACUCACACUUGAAGUCCAACCUGGACCACGUCAUUGAGGCGUUGGAUGCCAUGCCGGCCUCCAAACGCAGGGAUGUCUCCUUGCUGGUCGAAGGAGAGCGGCACCUGGUCAAGUUCGUCUCGGGCAACCCCAGCCUCCACUACACCGUCCGUCAGGGUGCCGCCGGCCCCGAGCUGCUCCAGAGAGUUCAGGUGGGCGCCAGGUUGACCUGCGCCAGCAUUGCCAAGACCCACUUUGUCGGCCACCGGUGCCGCGACGAGUUUGAGAGCUGCAUGGUGCGGGCGCAGCAGGUGGUGGCCGCCAGCGAUGGGGGCCUGGCCAACGUGGAGCUGAAGAUUGCGUGCGGCGAGCUGCGGCUCACCUACACCACCCCACAGCCCCAGGACACCAUCGAGAUCCGGCCGCAGCACCGGGUGAACCUGGGCAAGGCGCUGACCCUGCAGAAGGUCCUAGAGGUGAAGAACAGCAUGGAGAAGGCGGGAGCUUUGAGCAGAGGCCUGCAGGCCUGCUUCCAGCACCUGCUGGCCAACCACAGCCAGUACCAGGGGGAGAACAGCCGCAUUGUGCUCCAGAGCGAUGGGGAGAUGGUCGAGCUCAUCAGUGGCAGACAUACCUACCACAGUGCCCACCAUUUCAUCUUCACUGAUGCAGGCAGCCAAGUUCAAAGUCACAAGGUCCAGGAUAUUGACCUGUGGGAUGAUGAAUAGAGUAGCGUGACCUUCAUUGUGCAUUCAUAGAUCAAGACAAAUCAGAAGGUAAUCUGCCUUAAAAUAAUAACUGAACAGUGCAUUAGCUGUCUUCAUUCCUGUUGAAAAGGACAGGGAUGAAGAAUGAGCUGCGUUAAUGAAUAACAAACACUGUUAUAGAUUACAAAUUUGGAAGCAAGAGGUAUAUACAUCAGAUAAAGAUUUUUUGUUACUUAUCUUUCCUGUGUUUCCUGUCUCCAGGUUCUUAAUGAAUGAAGUCAUCAAAUAUUUAGCUAAAAUGGGUCAAAUCUGGAUUUCUGUAGCUGGGAAAUGACUUUUCUCUGAAAGACCUCUUAACACUUAAGCACAGCUGAUUAUUAUGUAUAAAGGCCUUCAAUGCAGCAUUUCUAUUUGAUAUGUAUAUAUGUAUAGACUGUAGUUCUAUUUUUGUCUUUCGGCUACCUCCUUUUUAAAGUGUGUGAUUGCUCGUCGGCAGUCUUGUAUUGAAAAACAAUGUACAUGCAGACUUGUUUCUGAAUUAAAAACAAAGCUUACGUUUCA